AAGUAAGGAUGUAGUGUUUUCUACAUACUGGUGCUACAGCGAACCGGUGCCACAACCGUAUUGAAGUCUCUAGUACCAAAUAAUGAAUGUCAUCGUCCCCUCUGUGCUGAACAAUUGAAACCAACUAUGUUGCCAGGGGUUAUAUAUGCACUACUGGCUGGUUUUCUUGGGGCCAUUGCCUCAUCGUCUGCCAAAUUGUCACUCGGUGCUGACUACCUCAAAGGCGUGUGUGAAACAGGUAUGAAAAUAUGGGCCGGGGAGAGGACGAUUAUCACGAGGGAGUUCGAGACUACUCCAUGUGAAUGGCUACACAUUCCUCUGCGGCUUCUUUGUGGGGGUCUGCUCUUUACCUGUAAUGCUGUGAUGUGGACUUUCUUUGCAAAGGCUCUCAGGCAUUCCUCUUCAUCCGCACGGGUCACUGUGACCACCACUGCCUCCAAUUUCAUUUCCUCAGCAUUCCUUGGGCAUCUAAUAUUUGGAGAGACUCAUGCAACUUUGUGGUGGGUUGGCAUCUCUCUGACUCUGUCAGGACUCCUUAUCCUUCAUGGAUCGACUCCAAGAGAUCCACAGCAAGAAGCAAAGAAGCAUAAAUGAAAAUGCAUUCCAGUCAACUGCAGACAGACCAACUUAAGGGCAAAACCUCUGCAAAAAUCAUGUUCACACUGUUCACCUUGGAUGCAUUGAGUAUGGUAAAUCAUACUAAACAGACUACAAAAACUCAAAUGAACUAACCCAAGUGUCUAUGCACACCCUUAUCUUUCA